AUGAAUUCAAACUUUCUAUUUCUACUUCCUAAAGUCCAAGGUGCAAAAAAAGCUGAGCAAUUUAGACCUAUUGGACUAGCUAAUUUCAGUUUCAAGAUUAUUAGAAGAAUUAUCACAUCAAGACUUAGAUCUUUGAUUGAGAAAAUAGUAUCUUGUCAGCAACAAGCAUUCAUUAAAGGCAAAGAUAUUCAUGAAAAAAUUGUUUUAGCUUCUGAGAUGGUGAAUGAAUCAGAUAUUAAGAGGAGAGGAGGAAAUAUUGUAUUAGUAAAUGGUGGACCUUGUGGGUUUUUUAAUGUGGGAAGAGGGCUUAGGCAAUGUGAUCCCUUGUCACCAGUUUUAUUUAUGAUAGCUGAAGAAGUGUUGAAUGAUAUUUUUGUGUUCUGUAAUGGUCAAAAAAAAUCAUUGGAGAAUUUGAUGAAGCUUUUAUUGAAAUAUCAAAGAGCAUCAGGUCAGGUUGUGAAUAAACUGAAAAGUAAGUGCUUUGUUGGUGGAGUAACUGAAAGAAGGAAAACGUUUAUAGCUGAAAGCUUACAAAUAGAACUUUCUAAAUUCCCUGACAAGUACUUUGGAGUGAUAUUGUGUCCUGUUAGAGUAAAGCCUUAUCAAGUAUGGGGAAUGGUGGAGACAAUGCAUAAAAUCCUAGAUGGCUGGAUGGGUAAAUUGUUGUCUUUAUCUGAUAGGUUAACUUUGUUGAAGUUUGUGUUAUGUAGUAUACCAGUAUACAACAUGUUUGUGUAUAAAUGGCCUAAAGCUGUCAUAAAAGAAUGUGAAAAAAUUGUGAGAAACUUCUUAUGGUAUGGAGAUCCUGCUGUUAAAAAACUCAUUACAGUGAAGUUUGAUGAAAUUUGUGCUCCAGUAGUAGAAGGAUGA